UUUUUAUUAGAAUAAUAGAGUGAUGACAAAAAGUCAGCGUGAAUCAUGUGAUACGGUAUAAAGACACGGUCCUAUGACUAAGUCUACUCUCACCCGGUGACGUAGAUCUGCAUCAGCCAACGUUUGCUAUGACGCACAUCCUCACGUAACAUCGUUGACGCAAGAUGUUCCUUUCUCUCUUUAUAUAUAUAACAUUAAACCUUCCCAUUACUGGCAUAUUUAAAGCAUAUUUGAAAAAAUGCAAGGAACAAUUUCUUGUUCAAGGCACUAUCCUAUGAUCCCCGCAGCGGAAUCUCUGCGGCCGCUGCCGCUUAGAACGCAGGGAAACGAUGAGAGCGUUCGGAUGUUGGUGGAGGAGAACGCGGUUAUGGUGAUUGGACGGAAAGGAUGUUGUAUGUGCAUCGUUGUGAAGAGGCUGCUCUUUGGACUUGGAGUAAAUCCGGCGGUUCUUGAGAUCGAUGAGAAGAGGGAAGUGGAAGUUAUGAGUGAACUAGAGAAGAUUGGCGCCAAAGACGGCAGAGAAACGGUGAUGUUACCGGCGGUUUAUAUAGGAGGGGUGUUGUUUGGAGGGUUAGAUAGGGUUAUGGCAACUCAUAUCUCCGGUGAGUUGGUUCCAAUUCUUAAGGAGGUCGGAGCUUUGUGGCUGUGAAUAUAUCAAAUGAAAUCUUAAACUUAUGUUAAAUCUUGAUUCAGUAAAUAAUUAAUUCAUUUUUACGUUUUUUUAACGGAUUAAUGUUUUUCCUUUACAUAACUCGGAUAAAAAAAACAAAAGUUCUUUUUU